AUGACAACAGGCGCGGCCUCGCGAGGCAAGGCACGAUUAGGGGACGAUCUUGAUGAUACUAUCAUGCAGGGCACCACACCGGCUAGAAUGGAGUCCAUCAGCCCAGUGAUUGACUGGAAGGACACCAUCCCCCCAGAGGAUCGUCAAGUGACGUUCACUCAGGAGUUCAUCCCUCCAGUGAGGGACGAUUUUCAGGAUCUCGGCGACCCUCAGUUCGUGGCGGAAUAUGUCAACCCUAUCUUCGUCAAUAUGAACGGCGUUGAACAAAAAUACAGACAGUCCAGCGACUACAUGCAGAGAACCCAGAAUGAUAUCACUCAGCGUAUGCGUGCAGUUCUGAUCGAUUGGUUGGUUGAGGUCCACUGGAAGUUCAAGUUGGUUCCUGAGACGCUCUACUUAACGGUUAACUUGAUUGAUCGCUACCUUGAGCAAUGUCCUAGUCUCCCACGUACACGACUGCAGUUGGUUGGUGUUACUUGUUUAUUGAUUGCUUCUAA